UCCUCCUAUGCAAUGUCUAAAGCAGCCCGCAUCAUUCCUUGGUUGCUCGCCUUAUACGCAAUGCUCCAUGCUCGCAAAUCGGCUGAGCAAUUCGCCUUCAAAUUGCUCCACAGCAUCUCUGAGAGCACGGUGCAACGCUCUGCGCCAUCAACAUGGCGGUCCGCUGGCAGUCCCGGCCGACCCCCGCGUUUUCACGGCAGUGCAGUGUCCCAGAAACAUCCUGCCCCUCGACUGGCACCAUGUACCCCAACAUGGAGGGCUCUGGACACGUCAAUGGGAACGGUAUAACCAAUGCGAUCCUGACAGGUGCUGGCUUUAGCCUUUGGUAGCUUGCGUCUGCUACGUUAGCAGUGUCCUUCUUGUCCAACCUC